GUCGCCCCUCAGUCAGGCGUGCGGUGGCAACUCGGACGGUGCCACAAUCUCAGCUCCGUCCCGCUCUUGUCCCUUCUGUGAUCGCGACGUGCUUUGGCGCAGUGUGUGGUGGUCACGGUGUUGUGUCGCAUUGUUUAGCUCGUGAGGCAGCGAUCGCCCCAGCGUGGUGUGGCGGACGGGGUGUCAACCACUGUAGGCCAUGUAAGCCAAAACGUCCCCAUUAGUGCCCUUGUCUCACCCUCCUUGACCCAACACCUGGGUCUUCUUCCUGUCGUCUCAGGGAAGGCAAAGUGCUUGAGGCUUAGAUUAGGGCUGUGAUGGUGGUGGUAGAUGGUAGUAGGUGGUCAGGACCCACAGCGUGGGCCCUUAGAGGUCGGUGAGGGUCCCGUGUUUUUCAUAACCCCUAGGGAGAAGAGGGACGCAUUAAGACCAGUGAGUGAGGAUGGUUAGUGGCAGGGUGCGUGAGGUGGGAGUGCUGGAGUGGCCUGGCUGCUGGACUUAUCAACCAUCAUUGAUUGUGUGUGUGUGGUUGGUGGUGGCUUGAUCAAUACCCGCCCAUCACAACUUCCUCCCGCUGCCCCCUUGAGCUAGCUGCCUCUGCUGGGUACGCGACUGGGCUCUGGCUGGCUGGCUGCCCGUCCCUGGCUUGUUACCAUCUGCCGUCCUAGGGCACCUGCCAUUAAGUAACAUCAUUUGAAGGGGCUCCUGGUUGUAAAACACCAAAAUAACAAGAACUUACAGCCGAUGACCUGGGUCAGCCCUCGACGUCACUAUGUCCAAGGCCAUUAACUCCUACCGAAUUAAGAAGAUCGAGAGCAUCGGGAGGAUGACGGCGCUGACCCAGGAGGAGGUGGCGUCUCACACCCGGACCGUGGUGCAAGGGCUAGAAGCGCUCAGGAAUGAACACAAUUCCAUCCUCAGUGGCAUCAACACCACACUUGCCUCCUCGCACCAUCCGCCAGAUUCCAAUGUUAUUUCUGAAAAGGCCGGCAUUCUCCAGAAGUCCCUUGACCAGAUUGAACUGGGGCUCUCAGAGGCUCAGAUCAUGCUGGCUCUGGCUUCACACCUUCAGACUGUUGAGGCAGAAAAACAGAAGCUGAGGGCUCAGGUUCGGCGGUUGUGUCAGGAAAAUGCUUGGCUGCGGGACGAGCUGGCCUCCACGCAGCAAAAGUUACAGGCCUCUGAGCAACAUGUAGCACAGCUGGAGGAAGACAAAAAGCACCUAGAAUUUAUGUCUACCAUCAAGAAAUAUGAUGCAGAUGUUCAGGAUUCUGAAUCAUCUAUGGAAGAGAAGAAGGACAAGAGUGAUGACCCAGUCGUGGACUUGUUCCCUGAUGAUGAUGCAGAUGACAGGGCUGGUUUAAAGAGAAGCGGUGAUUUUGGUUCUCAAGCAUCAUUAGCUACAAUGUCCCCAACCCCACCGUCCCAGUUUGCUCAGCAGGUGAACGCUGGUUAUGAAAUUCCUGCUCGUUUGCGUACUUUGCACAAUCUAGUGAUCCAGUAUGCCUCCCAGGGCAGGUAUGAGGUGGCUGUUCCCCUCUGCAAACAGGCUCUGGAGGACCUGGAAAAAACGUCUGGUCAUGAUCACCCUGAUGUGGCCACCAUGCUCAAUAUUUUGGCUCUUGUUUAUAGGGAUCAGAAUAAAUAUAAGGAGGCAGCCAACCUCCUAAAUGAUGCACUUGCAAUUCGGGAGAAGACACUUGGUGAAAACCAUCCUGCUGUUGCUGCCACACUCAACAACUUAGCGGUCUUAUAUGGUAAACGAGGGAAAUACAAGGAGGCAGAACCACUUUGCAAACGUGCAUUGGAAAUCCGUGAAAAAGUUUUGGGUCGUGAUCAUCCAGAUGUGGCGAAGCAGCUCAAUAAUUUGGCCUUACUCUGUCAAAACCAGAUCUCUCAGGAGGAGCGUAGAGGGGUGCCUAAGGAGGAGCUUCUCGGCAAGUACGAGGAGGUGGAGCGAUACUAUCAACGAGCUUUAGAAAUUUAUGAAACUAAAUUAGGGCCAGAUGAUCCUAAUGUUGCCAAAACCAAGAAUAAUUUAGCAUCUGCAUACCUAAAGCAAGGCAAAUACAAGGAAGCAGAAAUUCUAUACAAGCAGGUGCUGACUAGAGCACAUGAACGAGAAUUUGGUGCCAUUGAUGGUGAUAACAAGCCCAUCUGGCAGGUAGCUGAAGAAAGGGAGGAAAACAAGAACAAAGUGAAGGACUCUGCACCAUAUGGGGAAUAUGGAGGCUGGCAUAAAGCAGCCAAGGUGGACUCCCCAACCGUUACUACAACUCUGAAGAAUUUAGGAGCACUAUACCGCCGCCAGGGCAAAUAUGAGGCCGCAGAAACCCUCGAGGAUUGCGCCAUUCGGUCACGUAAGGAGGCCGUCAAUCUGGUCAAGGAUGGGAUGACCCCAGAGGGCAGCCGACGACUCUCAGCCUCGAAGGACAGACUCCGAAGGGGGUCGCGAGAGUCCCUUAACUCCGCUGAUUUUGAUGCCAACGACGAUUAUGAGUAUGGUCGUCUUCGGAGGGCCAGCUCAUUCUCCAAGUUCCGAGCUACCAUGCGACGAUCUAGUGCCAAGCUGGUGUACAAGCUACGAGGACGAAUUGGGGUUGAUGGUGAAGACAGUGAUUCAAGAAUGAAACGGGCAAGUUCCAUGUCCGUUCUUAGUGGAGAAGAAAAACGGAAAGAGUCUCUGCAGAUUCCCCUCGCUCUACGUGGUCGAGCAGUCAGCUCUGAACACCUAUCCUGACCAGCUGCUUCUGCCUUGCCCGGCCUGUGGUAGAGACUACCCCAAUGCUCGCUGUUUCCUUUACCUUCUCCAUUGUCACUGAAAGUGAGGCUUGAUCAGAGAAUACCCUGAGGCAUGCUUUCCUUUACUAUAUUUCAAGUUGUUGCUGUGUUUUAGCCAUGUAUGUAUCAUAACAUUUGUCAUGAACAGAAACAGCUUCUCAAUAUAUUUGUAAUACAGCUUUAGUUCCCAGCCAAGGAUUUAUUGAAUUUAGUAUUGUCAAUUGAAAGAGACUCAUGAUGUAGCUGUGUAUAAUACAGGUAACUUCUCCUACUCCAAUUGCCAGUUACAUGUGCUGUACGUACUGUACUCUUUCAUCUCGAUACACAAGCAACUUAGUGAAGUAAAAUCUACUUCGGAUGAAAAGACUAAUUUAAAAGUGCAAAAUAUCUAGGAUUAGCUAGUGUAGUUCUGUCAGUUAUCUUCCAGAUAACAUUGAUGAACCUCUAUCAAUAACUCCUUCACUUAAAUUUUAUUUUAAGUUUUCCUUCUAUUUUGAAUAUACUGGAUCAUAAUCUUUGGCUGAGUGCAAAAAGGGCCAAAGUAAAAUAAUGCCAAUUUAGACUUUGGCCCAUGAAACCUGGGUUUCAUGGUUUCACGGUCCAAAUUGGCAUUUUUUGACAUUAGCCCUUUUUGCUUUCGGUCAGAGAUUAUUAUAACACUGAAAUUAGAAGUUGAGAACCAUGUUUAACGAGGAUUGCAUUUACAUCAAAUGACCUUAAUUAGGUUAGGUUAGGUUAGGCAGUUGAAUAAAUGUAUGAAAUAUUUUGUUUAUAGCUUGUACUGUUAAUACUGUUCUCCUGGUAAUUUUGCUGUGGACACUGACAGGCAAGGAAGGAGAGCAGUGUAAUACUCUGGAUGACAACUUGCUGUGUAAACACUACAUUGAAAUAUAGAAAUUACUUAUACUGUUUGUAGUUGAGAGUACAUUAUUUACAUCACUCUCGGUUUAAUUAUUACUUGGAAUGGAAAAAUGUGUUUAAUUAUGUGGUACACUUGAGAUUUAAUAAAAUUUAUUUUUGUCAACUAUACUAUCAUUUACAGUAUGCACAGUACAUACAUUGUUUAGUGUCCUUAUUGCAGAGUUGAUGAAGGAGUUACCUGUAUUCAUUAUCAGGAAAUGAUCUUAUCCUUUUAGGCUCAAUAGAGUUGACUGAAAAAUAUAUACCCACUCAUGUUUUAUAAAGGUGAGAAAAAAAAUAGCUCCCUCAGGGUUCAGAAGUGGGCUUAUAAGUGAGAAGUUUAAGAUUUUUUUUUUUUUUUUUUUUUACAUUAGACAAAUUGUAAAAGUGAGAAAAUUGUGUUGCUUUGAUUAAACAGUAAGGUUAUUUAGUAUGCUCUACCAAACUUCCUCUCUCCCUCAGUGCCCAUUUCUUUACUCUGAGAAUAUAUGGGUAUGCUACAACUUUCUGAAUCAAGACAUAAAUUCCUCAUUCUUUAGAGGGAUGCUCUAUAGUGAAGCUUGAAAUACAGUAUAUGCUUAUACUUCCUUCAUAUAUUGUAGAAAAUCAAACUUUUAUGGUGAUGAGGUAUUACAGUUGUAAACUAUCAGUGACAAUGGGGAAUGUGGGUCAUUUAAAAUUUUUUAGCACUUUAUUUUGCAGUACAGUACCUAAUAACAGCAGCAGCUCUGUGGUAGGUUCAGUGAGGACAGGUUGUAGACAUCAACUGAUUUUUCAAGUUUAGAAAUUCAAUUGAUAGAUUUUCUCCAUAAUAGCAGGUGGCAGCCUGGUCUUCCAGUGUAAACAAGGACAGAAUUUUGAGGCAUCCUGUGUGUUAAAUCUGUAAGAUGUGCAUGGGUGAGGUAACUAAAACAUAGGUUGUUAUGAAGAUCAGAUCUCUUGGAAGAAAAAUUUGGAAGGUCAAAAUGUAGAAGUAGAAUGUGAGUGUCUUGUUUUGUAGUAUGAACUCUGACACACUGCAAUGUUUGGAUGCCUAAGCUGCAUUUGAAACCCAUUAACUGGUAUAGUGUAGUUACCAGGAACAUUAACUACAUAUUGUGCUAUAGUCUGCAUAUAGUUUUCAAAGCCUCAUCUUAGCAUGUUUCAGGAGCAUUCAUCUUGACCCCUGGCAGUAAUUUUGUCCAGUCAACAUUUUAUCAGAAGUAUAUCUUGCAGUUCUAAUUUUGAUUUCUUGCACAUGUAUAGUCAUAAAAUGAAGAAGAUAUUCCUUUUUGUAAUUUAAUGAACCCAUAACUGCAAUCUUUGAGUGAGAGGUGUGCAUGUGAAUAAGAAUUUAUAUUUAAUAUAAAUCUUGUGAUUCAGUGUUUCUGUACUGGGAGAGCGGAAAUAUUACUGUCAUUUUCAGAUUAUCAUAAUGCUGCAACUGACCAAGAAAAUGAUAUUGCAUUCCAGGAUGAUCUUAAUAGAUAUCUAGUCUUUUAUUUAUGUAAUAUUUAUGCAUCUGUUUCAAGAUUGACAUUCAUGUCAGGGUGUUAUUAGUUGAUCAGAAAUAAUGAUUAUUUAAAAAAUUUGUUCUGUAUUAUAUUUUGUAGUAUAAAUGAUUUGUUAAUUUACUUGUAAAUAAAGCUGGUAAACUAAAUAAUUCUUAAUGUAAUCUUGUUUCUAUCAAGGACUUUUGAUGAAACUUAUGGACUGUGUGCAUUAUAAUUACCAACAAGAAUCUAACGUUAGUCCUGUAUAACUAUAGGUCACAUUGUGACUCAUAAAGCAUGAACUAAACUAGAUUGUCUCAAAAGACUAUCUUAACCAAUGGAAACUUCCUGGGACAAUAAAAGCCUUUACCAAGUUAAGUGAGAAAAAUGGUCAUGCUGUGUUGUUGGUAUCACUAUCAGCUGUGUUGUGCACAUAUGGUUGUGGUACAGGAAUCUUCAGUCUCCUGCACAUUACACGGAAGCUGUUAAGAUUCCAGCAUCUCAGCUGUCUGAAUGUUCACAAUUUAAAUUUUUGUUAGCUUCAUGUCUGCUUUUGUCUGUGCAUUCCCACAGUGACACAGCAACCAGUGUAGAAAGGUUAUCAAUAAACAACUUGAUGGCUUCA